GGCGCUGCGGCAGCGGCACAGCUCCAGCCCCGCGGCGCCGCUCCGGCAGCCCCGCGCCAGGCCCGCAGGCCCCCGCGCCGCCGCCGCCUCCGGGGGGGCCCUUCCCGUCCCUCCUUCCCUCCCCCUCCCUUUUCUCUCUCUCCUUCCCCUUCCCCAUUCCCCUCCCCCCUCCGUCGCUGCUGCUUCUCCCUCCGCGUCGCCGCCACCUCCGCGCUGCUCCUCCUCCCCCCUCCCCCUCGGAAAAUAGUCCCCGCGGCUGCCCCCUCCCCGCCGCCCCUCCUCGCCGCCUCGCACACACAAUGGCGCUGAAGAGAAUCCACAAGGAGCUGAAUGACCUGGCUCGGGAUCCUCCAGCGCAGUGUUCGGCAGGGCCUGUUGGUGACGACAUGUUCCAUUGGCAAGCCACAAUCAUGGGACCAAACGACAGUCCCUACCAAGGAGGAGUCUUCUUCCUGACAAUUCACUUCCCAACAGAUUAUCCCUUCAAGCCACCCAAGGUUGCGUUCACGACGAGAAUCUAUCACCCGAACAUCAACAGCAACGGCAGCAUCUGCCUGGACAUCCUGCGCUCCCAGUGGUCCCCAGCACUAACCAUUUCUAAAGUACUUUUGUCCAUCUGUUCUCUGUUGUGUGAUCCUAACCCAGAUGAUCCUCUAGUGCCUGAGAUUGCACGGAUCUACAAAACAGAUAGAGAAAAGUACAACAGAAUAGCUCGGGAAUGGACUCAGAAGUACGCCAUGUAACAGCAGCAAUUAUGGGAUGCCCUCUACAGAUACAGAUAGGGGAACUCUGAGAGAGAGAGAGAGAGAAAGAGAGAGAGAGAAAGUCCUUUUGAUUUCCAUUUGACUGCUUUCUAUGAGCCCACGCCUCCUCCUCCUCCUCCCCCGUGCACAUGUUUACCUGACCCAGCAGUGCUGCGUGUUGUACAUACUCGGAACAACGACCCCCAAACCUCCUCUGCCCUCCCCCACCAACACUGACUCCUAGCAGAGAACUUUUUUUCCGUUGUGUGUGUCCAAAGCUGCUGCUUCUCCGCUCGUAACCUUGUGAGCCUAAAAGCAUUCCUGCCGCGAAGCCAGACUGUAGGGGUGCCAGGCAAAAGGGUGGCUGGGGGGGGAGCGGUGCUGGGGGCGGGGGGGGGUAGGUCUGGGGAGCCACCCUCUGGUUGUGCAGGGUUUGGAAGUGGAAUCCUUUUAAACUCAUAACAGUUAUGAGAGGGCAAAGGUGAAGAGCUGGCAGCUGUUCCUGUGCUGACUCCCGAAGGACCUACACCUUAGGCUGAAAUGUGCUGAGCGAGCAGAGACAAACUUGUGCCCAGCUCCCGCGGCGAGGGCAGGAGGAGGUGGGAGUGGUAAAGCCAGCCCCGGUCUGCAGAGGGUGUUGGAGCUCUUGGUGCGUCCAGGUGCCGCUGAGAUGGUUCUGUUCCGCCUCUCUCCCCUCCCCUCCCUCCUCCUCUGGUCUGUAGGUGGUUCCUCACUCAGUACCUAGCUCGUAGCUCUUCUUCCUCUCUUGGGUUGUUUUUCCUUGAGGGCUCGGGGUUGGGUCUUGGUUUUUUAACUGCAUUAGGUCCGGAUGUGAGGGUUUAAAAACCAAACAAACCCAAACCAAGCCCCUCCCGCCCCCCCUCCCAGCCGAACCCCCCCGUUUGACAGCAGCCUCUGUGUAUAGUGAGGAGCCAAGCGCUCCCCGGGAGCUUGUACCGGUGGCCAAUGAUUAAUCUGUGUAAUAAACUGAUUUCCUCCGAGUCAUUCCAUCCAGCUUGGUCUCAGUGGGCUUUUAAUGGUGAGGAGCAGCUCGGCACAGCCUCGGGGCUGGCGGUGGAUCCCCUCUGGAAGCCUUUGGAAGCCCUGCAGCCGCGGACGGGACAGAGGCGCAGCCGAGAGCGCUCAGCGGAGCCGGGGGGCGCCAGGAGCCUCCUCCUCGACUGUUCAACCGCGGCGGCAGCUUUGCUCAGUGACUGCUUGGCAGAGCCCAGAGGUGUUGCUCCCGAGCCUGCCCGGGACCUAGCAGGCUGCCUGUGCCCUGGAGGUAAGUGGAGACCUCCUGCGAAGCGCGAUCAUGGAUGGCAAAAGGGUCCCCAGGCGACCGCAGCGGCACAAACCUUCAUCAGAUGUAGCUUCUGACGGCAUUUACUUUGCACUAAACAUCUGCAGAUGUUCCUCCAGGUUGGGAAUUGUUCUCCUUUGUGUCUGGAGUUUGUUUGAGGUUUUUUUUUGGGGGGGGCUUCUUGGAGUUUUUCUUUUCCCUCCUCUCUCUUUCUUUGAUGUCUUUUGGAACAAAGUCGUGGCUGGCCCCUGGGUGGCAGCUGUUAGUCGGAGCCUUUCCUUUGUAACCUCCCUCCCCUCUCCCCUCCCUCCGUGUAACUGCCAGCAUUGUCGGUGUGACUGUAGGUGAGUCUGCAAAGUAUCUCCUCCCCGUAGAGUUGUAUCAAAGCCAUCGAUGGAGGGGCAGAGGCUGUGGCCCCCUCAGCUCCCUCCGGCCACGGGGCCCUGGCGCCCAUCCCAUCUUCAGAUGCAUCUUGACACUCUUGCACAAAUGAGGAAUAAAUGUCCACUGCUUUUGGUCUAAA